GAGUUUGCUGACAGUCUUGACAACCCAGAUCCGGUCCCGCUCGCGUACCUUCUGGAGAAGGGCGGUGCAAAUCCGGAGUUUGGACGGGGAGAAGACCACUCUGGGAUUGCUGAUAUCCUGUGCGACGGUGUGCUAACUGACGCCCAAGGGGGUGCCCAUCAACGACGUGUUGAGUCUCCGACGAGGUCGGCCCAAUCGACGGGCAGGGUUAAUCCAGAGGCCCCAGGCUGGACCAAAAGGCUUCGUUCUUGGAAGUGCGCCACCUGACCGUGUGCCAUGUCCAUCAAGAAUGAGCGCUCUAGAGCUGUCGAUAAGGAAAUAUGCUGAGCAACCUAACAAGAGCGUGGUGCGACCUGAGCUAGGGCUUAGUUUCGAUUCGCUAGGAGAGGCGUAUGAUUUCUACAACUUAUAUUCAUGGGAAAUUGGAUUUGGGAUAAAAUAUGGGAAAAGCAGGCUGAACGCCGAGAGAACAAAAAGCAUGCAGGAGAUAGUAUGCGGUUGCUCGGUGAGUGUCUGUUUGCUUGUAUGUAUAAUAAGAAGCGGCAGUGUACUGGUUGGUGUUCCAACCUGAAGUUGAUGAAUUUGAAUCAGCUUGGGGGGCACUGCUGGACAAGUACAACUUGAGGUCUCAUAGCUAUAUGACACAAAUAUAUGAGACAAGGAAAAAAUGGGCAAAGCCAUAUUUCAGGGGUGUGUUCUGUGCGAAGAUGACAAGUACCCAGUGAAGUGAGAGCGCAAACCACAUGCUGAAAUCUUACAUGCCGCCUGCGAGCCGAAUGCAUGUUUUCGUCCGGCAAUACACGAGACUUCAAUUUGACCGGGAACGCGACGAAAGCUACGAGGAAAAGAGGACCAUGAUUGGAGGCGCCGUCCGGCGGACUAACCUUGCGAUUGAGCGGCACGCCAGCAAAAUAUAUACCAGGAAUAUGUUUGAGGAAUUUGGCCGGCUGCUUUUAGAAGGGACGGCAUACAACGUCACUGAAGUUGAGAGGAUGAAGAAAUACAUCACAACACACAAUAAUGCAGCGAAGAGAGAGAAGUGGAGCAGAGUGGAAUAUGAGGUGACCAUCAACGAUGACAAAUCAAUAUUCACGUGCGAGUGUGGUCAGUUUGAACACACAAGGAUGCUUUGCUGCCAUGCCUUAAGGGUGAUGGAGAUUCUACAUUUGGACGAGAUUCCGAAGCACCAUAUCCUUAAACGGUGGACAAGAGACGCAAGGGAUAUACUCCCAGAUCACCUGGUUCAGUACCAGAAGGACAAAGCACAUAAUUUGUCUUUCACAUGCAGACACGCGAGGCUAUACUUUAAGGCCAUGGAGGUAGUGCGAAUGGGGGACGCAAGCACUGCAUGCUAUGAGCACAUGCAUGCCGGCCUGGAUUCUCUUCUACGUUCUGGAGCACCUCUGGCGGUCACAAGGGACGGUUUGGCUUUCGAGGAUUGUCUCAUUCAAAAUGGAAAUGGCUGUCAGGCUGCGAAUGGCGAGCCUGCUUUGGUUGAUCAUGGAGCUGAACCAUGCCACAGUGUUGCGAAUUCUGUAAAUGUGAAUGCCCUGCAGUGCCUCGAGGCGCCAGACAAGCGUAGAGGUGCUGGCAGGCCGACGAACUGUAGGGAGAAGGCCCCGUACGAAGGGCUGAGUAAGAGAACCAGGUUCUGCAGCAUUUGCUGCCGUGAGGGCCACAAGAGGACCACAUGCCCAGAGAGAGGGGAUGCGCCAAAGAAGCCGCGGAAACCCGGCAGAUGCAAGAACUGCAGCAUAGAAGGGCAUCGGCGGGAUACAUGCAAGAGACCUCUUAGGUUUGCCGAGAGCUGAGUUGUGCAUUUUUGGAUUGCAUCGGUUGAGGGUACCUGUUUCCUUUGAGGCUAAACAUACAGUCUGCACCUGUUGAGCGUUGCUUGCGCAUUGCAUCCAGUUUUCUUUAAUAAUGUGUGCUGAUAAAAAACUUUUUACGACUGA